UGUCUCUGAAAAGAACAAAUUUCUUAAGUUUUUUGGUUUUUACCGGUUUUACAGCCAGAAUUAUAGGCAGUUUAAAGUUCAACAUGAAACUCGGAUUUAUUUACUAGAAAUUGAAGAAGUGAAAGUGAUCUUUACGGUCAGUAUAAUUAUUCUGCAGUUGUUCACGUUCUACUUGUGCUAAGUGCAAAUGUAUGUUGACGUUUGUGAUCUCGUUCUUCAUUAGCAAUGCGAUGCAUGUAGCUAUUCAUUAACUUCUUAAUUUGAUUUAGGUUACUUAAUCUGUUACUUUGGGCAUUUUUUUUUUAUUUUUACUUAAAUAAUGAUGCAUACUUCUCCAAGUGGGGUCACAUGACUGCUGGGCAGAGAGCAGCAGGAGAACAGAGCUGUGCAUGAAAGCACUCACUCCUCCCUAUAUAGUCCACUAUAUAGUAAAUUUGCCAUUUUGUAGUGCUGUCAAAUUGUAUAGUUAGAAUUAUUAUACCCUAUAUAGUGGACUCAUAGUAGCCUAUCCCACAUUGCAUCAUGAAAAGUAGUGUACAGCCAGAAACAGUAAAUAUUUAACAGUAGCUGAAAACCCAGCGCUUCUGUUCAGCCACCUCCUCGUUAAAAAGGUCACAUGCCAGUUUAUUGCAAAAAGUGCCUACUUUUUCAUAAAAAGUCAUGACAGGUCAUAACAUAAACCACAAACCUAAAAUAUCCCACUAUUAAUGGGAAAGAACAAGGAAUGUAAGCUUUGGUUUUGUAUACAAUAACUCCUUAACUCUUCCUCAGGCUGAGAUUCAGGUUUAUCCAUGAUGAUGUUGUCACUACUCCCCAACACUGGUUAUUAUCAACAUGUGUAUUAUAGUUUAUUUUGAGUCAUACACAGAUACUCUGUCCCCUUCAGAUGGAUUAUAGAACAGGCCCCUGGAGCAGAGCCUCUGUAUGAAGAGACAAUAAACAUUUCUUAUUAGAAAGUCACCAAGCAACAACAAAGAGGUGCACCUUGACUACAAAGAGACACAAAAUGAAGCAACAAUAAAUUAUGUUUUGUGUCUCUUUGCAAUGCCGUUUAUACACAGUCUAGGGUUAGGUUGGUGCGGAAUCUUUCAUACAUGGAGUGAUAGCCAAGAGGAAAAUCGUCACGUGUACAUUUCUAGUAAAACACAAUUUCCCAGGUUGCUUUGCGAUUAGAACAACAAAGAUGGCGAUUCAGCUCGGUGUUCGUAGACGUGAUAUGAAUUGUGAGACGUACAACAGAUGAGCUAAAGGAGUGACAACCGACACAGCACUGCAGAAAAUUUACCACUGCGGUGUAACUACAUCACAGUGAAUCUAGACUGACGGAUAAAAUGCCUUCUCCCAAAGCUAAAAACCCCGGUCGCAGCGGAGGAAGUCCGGUGCUCGGCAGCUCUAACGGCCGUUACGAGUUCAUGUCACUGACGAAGCCGCUGAACCGGUCCUCACCGCCGCACCUCCUCCAGCGGCAGGGCUCCGACCCGACCACAGCCCGGCUUCGAGCCUCGGAGAGCCCCACUCGGCGCCGGGGCUCCAGUUCCUCCACGGGCUCGGGAAGCGGUCAGGGGCUGCCAGAAGAGGACGGUAUACGGCUCAACCCGUCCUUCAUCCGCGUAGCACUCAGCUCCCUGCUCGCCAUCGACCUGUGGCUGUCCAAGCGGCUGGGGGUGUGUGCCUGCGAGGACUCGUCCUGGGGAAGUGUGCGCCCGUUAAUGAAACUGAUAGAGAUAUCGGGACAUGGCAUCCCCUGGCUGGCUGGCACCGCCUACUGUAUGUACAAGAGUGACAGUGCUGCAGGACAAGAAGUCAUGCUCAACCUUUUAAUGGGCUUGCUGUUGGAUCUGGUCCUGGUUGCCAUUGUUAAGGCAGUGGUGCGCCGGCGUCGGCCCGCACAUAACCGUAUGGACAUGUUCGCCACCUUUUCUGUGGACCGCUACUCCUUUCCUUCCGGCCAUGCCACCCGUGCCGCCAUGUGCGGGCGGUUCCUGCUGGCUCACCUCGUGCUUGCGGCCCCGCUGAGGGUCCUCGUCCUGCUGUGGGCCGGCCUGGUCGGGCUGAGCCGAGUGCUGCUGGGCAGGCACAACGUGACUGAUGUGAUGUUUGGGUUCUGGAUGGGGUAUUGGCAGUACAACCUGGUGGAGAUGCUGUGGCUCUCACCUCAAACCCUGCAAGGGCUGCUGGGACAGUUAGCUUAACAUUAAGGACUGAAGAAGGAGGAAAUAUGAGCGCUUGCACAGCUUUUCUCUUUUACACUGAUAUAUAAGAGACGGUCGAUGGUUCUUUGACUAGAGAAGAGAUCUCUAUCACACACAUCCUUGUCUGUGCACAGGUAUGCACACUGUUGGUAGGCCCCUCCUGUUAUCGCCAUAUUUAAAUUGAGGUCAGUUUCCAAUGAUUUCCCCAUUCUGCAGUUCAUGCUUCUGUUCACCUCCAGCCACCACACCCAAACCCUCAUAAACAUUCAUUUCACCCAUUUAUGUCAGUUAUUAUUUUCUUGACAUUAUCACUGUCACAUUAAUAAUCAACCAAAAUAUAUCACGUAUGACUAAUUACUAAUCAGUUUUGAUGGAUUACACAUUAUUAAUAUCAGGUCAUGCACAUAAAUCCCUUACAGAGUGCUACCAUGGACUACACUGCUGCCAUAUCAUACCUGUUAUUUGUACCUGCUUUAGUAUUUCAACACUAAAACACAACUUGUUAAACCCUUUAUUUAUUAAAAAAUGAAGGAUGGUCUAAGGAUAGAAAUAUAUUCAUUUUCCAAAACAAUUCAGAAGAAGUGUGUGGAAGUCCUCUUCUCUAGGCAGUGACCAUUUCAAAUAGUGUUUUGCGUCUGAAGUCUUAGUAAAGCACUGACACACUGUACAACACAUUUGUCUAUUUAAGGGAGGAAGGCUGUAUAUUGGAUGGACUUGAGGUAGCGUCUUUACAUCUUCAUUGUAAAGUAAUGAGCCAUCCAUUCACCAAACAUAACCUGCUGAACCGAAGAGAAAUGACCACAGUUUGGCUCGACUGGUGGUGAAGGAGCCACAGAUUUGCUGCUUUACUGAGGAAAAAAUGGUGGGAGACUGUAAAUUUAUGAUACAUAGGGCAGGUGUUUUUAGUCAUGUUCACCUGCUGUUUGAAGUUAAAGGACGCAUCGAGUGAAAGACCAUCAGCUGUGGUUUUAUGAAAAGGAUAGUGGCCUGUGGUCUGCCAACAAAAUGACCGUUAUGAGUUAAUUAGCUUAUGACUGAUUCACCACAUUGUCAUAGAAUUGUUCUCUUUCUCAGGACAAAACCGAGUCCAUCACUGCAUUAUACAUACGAACAUUUGGAAACAAGCUGUGAGCCUGUUAAUUCAGUUUUCAAUCAAGGUCUUGCUCUGAUUUCAUGAAAGUCACAUGAACUUGACUUUGGAUGAAAUUUUGUGCCUCUCAUCUGAACACCUCUCACCUCUGAGUGUGAGGUAUGGAACACGUUGCAGCUGAGGUGUACCUACAGCUCAGAAAAAGGGAAGCAUGUCUAAAUACCUGAAGUGUAUUCAAUUACACCGCAAGUUCAAACUUGAUCACUGGCUCUGACUGAGGAUAACACAUUACAUUCAUCACCUCUCUUCACUAAAUCUCAGUCCGAGAAAAUGCUAAAAUAACGUUAUGGUUCUUUCUUUAUAUUAAACAAACUGGCUUGU